UAAUAUAUAGUUUAUACAUAUACGUCUGCAUAUAUAUGUAAGUGUGUGCGUGUGUGUGUUAACUCUGCAAGACAGCGCUUGACUUUUGUCACGUUUAGCGUUUUUGAAAAGCCAAAAUUGUUUUCAAACAUCAAGUGUCAAUUGCUUUGACUUGCGGACAGUUGUACUCCCCUUUAAAGAUGUAUACCAAAUGCGCGCUAGUGCUGGCGCUGCUAUCGCUGCUUGGCGUGCUGCAUGCCUUUGAUCACACACUCAAAUUGGACUUUCCGGGUCCGUACUGUGCGCUUCAGGACACCUGCUGCAAGGACAGACGCGACGGCUGCUCCGUGCCCAUAUCCACCUCGCUUUGCUAUUGCGAUGAGUUCUGUGAUCGCAACGACAGCGGUGACUGCUGUCCGGACUAUCGCUCAUUCUGCUUUGGAGAAGCCGAUCCCAUAAUGAGCUGCGUGCACAAUGGCAUCUAUUUCCACAAGUUUAACACGACUAAGGAUAACUGCAAUGAGUGCCGCUGCCUGGACAACGGCGUUGUGCAGUGCGACAAAGAUCUCUGUCUAACGGACGAUGAGCUGGUGCACAGCGUCAAUUCCAUACAUCAGCUGGGCUGGUCGGCGCGUAAAUAUGAUGAGUGGUGGGGUCACAAAUACAGCGAAGGUCUGCGCCUGCGCUUGGGCACCAAGGAGCCCACAUAUCGUGUUAAGGCUAUGACACGUCUGACCAAAUCCGCCGACAAUCUGCCGCCUAGCUUUAACUCUGUGGAGAAGUGGUCCAGCUACAUAAGCGAAGUGCCCGAUCAGGGCUGGUGUGGUGCCUCCUGGGUGCUGUCCACCACUUCAGUGGCCUCCGAUCGUUUUGCCAUCCAAAGUCAGGGCAAGGAAGUUGUACAGCUUUCGGCUCAGAACAUUCUUUCGUGCACACGCCGCCAGCAGGGCUGCGAGGGUGGACACUUGGACGCCGCCUGGCGUUAUCUGCAUAAGAAGGGUGUUGUCGAUGAGCGUUGCUAUCCCUAUGUGCAGCGUCGUGACAACUGCAAGAUACAUCAUCGCAACAGUCGCUCGCUCAAGGCCAAUGGCUGCAAGCCUGCCUAUGGCGUCAAUCGUGAUAGCUUCUAUACAGUUGGUCCCGCCUACAGCUUGAACAAGGAGAAGGACAUUAUGGCUGAGAUACACCAAUCGGGUCCCGUGCAGGCCACCAUGCGCAUCUACAGAGACUUUUUCUCAUACUCCGGUGGCAUAUACAAGGAGACUGCGGUCAAUCGUGGUGCACCCACUGGCUUCCACUCGGUCAAGCUGGUUGGCUGGGGCGAGGAGCAUGGCGGUGAAAAGUAUUGGAUUGCGGCCAACUCGUGGGGUCCUUGGUGGGGUGAGCGCGGCUACUUCCGCAUUAAGCGCGGCACCAAUGAGUGUGGCAUUGAGGAAUAUGUUCUUGCCUCCUGGCCCUAUGUGUAUAACUACUACAACGCUAGAUCGCCUUAAGUAACGUAAUCUCUAUACAGAACGCAGUGACGAACAAUUUUAUCUCAUGCUAAAAAUGAAAAUGUUUUUCCAACUCAAAAGAAAAAACGUGAAUUAGGCGCUUCGCUAUAUGUAAAUUUUUUGAUAUAAAUAUAACUUAGGACUAAAAUGAAGAAUUAGCUUUAAGUCGACAGCAACAACAACAGAAGAAGUAGAAAAACAACGUUAACUGCCAAGACUCCACCAACCCACGAAUUUUCCUCUCCGUCUAUAAAUUAUUGGAGCUUAUAACAGUUACUGCCAAGUAUAUAACAGCACCGUCCCCAUCUAAAAAUGUUUUUUCUCUCUCUCUCACACACAUAAUACUGCCAGCAGAAUUAACAAAAGUAUAUGCUUAAAUGUAGAUUGGUGUUAACGCUUGUCAAGCUCAUGUAUAGCUAAGUUUUAACUGAUUAAACAUAAACCGAUUCGGCUUAUAACUGUAUGUGCGUGUACUCGUAAAAUAAAUAAAUGAUCUAUAUAUAUAUAUAUU